UUGUUAGGGCAGUUUUGGAAUAUUGUGGGAUAUAUAUAUAGGAGAGAUGGGAAUAGAGGGAAUUAGGGCGUAAAAGAAGAAACGAAGCCGUAGAAGAGGGCUCUCUCUUUCUUUUUCAUUUUUGUGGAGCAAAACUUUAUCCUUGCGAACAAACAACGAUGGAUCGGUAUCAGAGGGUGGAGAAGCCGAAAGCAGAUACUCCGAUUGAUGAGAAUGAGAUUCGGAUUACCAGUCAGGGAAGGAUGCGCAACUAUAUCACCUAUGCCAUGAGUCUCCUUCACGAUGAGAAAGGCUCGAAUGAAAUUGUAUUCAAGGCAAUGGGAAGAGCAAUCAACAAGACUGUGACAAUUGUGGAGCUUAUCAAGAGAAGAAUUGUUGGUCUUCAUCAGAUCACUUCAAUUGGAUCCACGGACAUAACUGAUACAUGGGAGCCUCUAGAGGAAGGCCUGCUUCCAUUGGAAACCACAAGGCAUGUAUCAAUGAUAACAAUAACCCUUUCAAAGAACGAGCUGAAUACGUCUGCUGUUGGGUACCAGCCUCCAUUACCUGCUGACCAGGUGAAGGCAUCUGUCGAGUUCGAUUAUGAAGGAGAGGGCUCACCCAAUGGUCGAGGUCGGGGCCGUGGUGGCAGAGGAAGGCCAAGGGCUAGAGGGAAUGGGUUUAUGACAGCUGAUUAUGAGGAUGGAGGCUGGGACCGCAGUAGGGGAAAUCCUAGAGGUAGGGGUCGUGGGAGAGGACGUGGUUUCCGUGGUCGUGGAAGGGGAGGAUACAAUGGACCUCAGGUUGAUAUUCAGCAAGAUGGAGGAUACAAUCGGGAUGCACUUCCUCAAGGCCGCGGUCGUGGUCGUGGGAGGGGGGGGUAUCGUGGAAGGGGUCGUGGCUUUAGACCUAAUGGGCCGAUCCAGGCAGCUGCAUGAGGCACUGAAUGGGCUUCCAAGAGCACAAUGCAAAUUUCUCAAGUGAUGGAUGCCUUUUCCUAUCUAUGUUUUUUUUUAUUUUAUUUUAAUCUUUUUGUUAGUUCUGUUUCGGGUCUGUACUAAUACUUAAUUGUAGGACAUACUGACAUUCUAGUGUUGUAGACUAAUAGUUUAGAUUUGCUGCCAUUUGAGGCAAACCUUUUUUGUCAUAGACUUAGGUGAGAUGCUUGAACAGUUGUAAUUUUCCUUUUUGACUGAUUAGGGCAUUCUUUCAUUGUUGUUUGGAAAGGUUUUGUUGUUGAAUUAAUGCUUCCCUC